UCAUUGAAACAGAAGCGAAAUGGCGGAGGUAAAUCUUUUGCAUAGCGGCACGUCUUUGCCUGAUCCUUUUGAGGGGCUUUUGUUGGAGUAUUUGCUGCCGUCGUCAUGUUCCGACGCCUUUUUCCGGCGCUUCAAAUUUACAGACGGGCCAUGUCUGAAAAUUCUGCUCAGCAAAUGCCUUGGGACUGUCAUCAUCCUGGGCUCAAUGUUUGUGAAGCUUCCUCAGAUCGUGAAGGUGAUUGGCGCUAAGAACGCCGAGGGCGUCAGUUUCCUAUCGGUGUUGGGCGAGCUGCUGGCCAUCACCGGAUCUCUGGCCUACAGCGUGGCCUACAGCUUUCCCUUCAGCGCCUGGGGCGAAGCGCUCUUCGUUAUGCUGCAGACGGUCGUCAUCGGCUUCCUCAUCCAACACUACAGUGGAAGAACUGGCAGAGGUGCGCUGUUUGUGCUGCUCUACUUGGGCGUGCUGUCGUUUUUGCUGACCCCACUGGCCCCCGCCACCGUGCUCACGGCCAUGCAGGCCUCCAACAUGCCCGCCAUCAUCGUGAGCAGGGUCAGGCAAAACGUCACCCGGACUGACCUGUUGAGCUUUUUCCUUCUUUUCUUUUUUUUAAUCAUGUGUGCAGGUUAUUCAGGCGGCCACCAACUUUCGCAAUGGACACACGGGCCAGUUGUCCGCUCUUACUGUCAUUAUUUUGUUUGCUGGCUCACUGGCACGCAUCUUCACCUCAGUGCAGGAAACAGGCGACACCCUGCUGGUGGUCACUUAUGUGGUGUCGGUGGCCUGCAACGGCCUCGUUGUCGCGCAGGUGCUCUACUACUGGAAGUCCACCAAAAGGUUCCUACAAAACCAGCGGGAGCAGAUACACCCUGUCGAUGUUGUCCCAAUCCCGAUCAACACUUGCCCGACAGAAUUUAAAGUCCAUGCGAAGGUUUGCGGGUGCAUAUAGCACGCAGCACUAUUCUGAGGACUGGGAAGUGCGCAAAGCUGUGCAGAUGAUCAGCUUGGUGGACUCGGCCGUCUUGCAAGCCACGGAGGUGACGGACGCCAUCUUACAGCUGCUCCAAGGACUUCAAGGCGGCAUGGACAAGUACUUCAGGGACAACAAGAACCUGAAAAGAGCCUUCAAGAAGGAAGUGGUGGCUCGUAUCAAAGAGGCGGCCAACGUGCUGAAUGACGGCGUCGUGGGGCUUAACGCUAUCAGGCAGGAGCUCCAGAAGGCCAUCGGGAACUUUUAAACGUGUUUGUCAGUGAUGAAUAUGGAUUAGUUUGUAGGGCAGGAGCAAAAACUGCAUCAAACGUCACUUACCUUUUGUAAAUGGAACUCGUCCUUUUCAUCGCUGUCAUUCUUUUGUGCCAAUUUUGAUUGCUAUCCCAUAAAGUGGCAAUUUCAGGAUUACAUUUAA